AUGGAAUGGUCCUCAGGCAUGCUCGCUGGCUUCUUCUCCAAGAGAUCCACAGGCGAUCGUGGUUCGCAGCCCGCUCCUACCGUGUUUAUCGAGCCUCGAGCUGUGGACGAAAAUCGGCCGGUCAGAGUAGUCAUCAUCGGUGCAGGCAUCUCAGGCAUUCUUGCCUGCAUUCGCCUCGUUCAAAGAAUUCCCAAUCUGGAACUGUGUAUUUAUGAGAAGAAUGCAGACAUCGGUGGAACUUGGUUCGAGAAUCGAUAUCCGGGCUGCGCAUGUGAUAUCCCAGCGCAUACCUACCAGGCAACUUUCGAGCCCAACAAAAGAUGGUCGUCAUUCUACGCCUCAUCAGCCGAGAUCCACCAGUACUGGAAAGACGUUGUGGAGAAAUACAAAUGCAUGAAGUACAUCAAGCUCAAGCAUCAGGUCAAGAAGGCCACUUGGGUGGAAGAGGCGUCAAAGUGGCAUAUGGAAAUCCUAGAUGUUCAAGGUGAUUCCUUGUUCGCCGACCAAGCGGAUGUAGUCAUUCAGGCUACUGGCGCGCUCAACAAUUGGAGGUGGCCUAAAAUUCCUGGUUUGCAUGACUUUGGAGGCAAACUGCUCCACAGUGCGUCGUGGGAUGAAAGUUAUGACUAUUCGGUGGGUCUCGGUCCUCCUAUAUCUCGUGAAAAAGAAGUUGCAGGGCUGAACUUUCGUUCCCAGAAUCAACGUAUAGCCGUGAUUGGGAAUGGUUCCAGCGGCAUUCAAAUCGUUCCAGCAAUGCUGCCAAAGGUAGCUCAUAUCGAUCACUAUGUUCGUAGUCGAACCUGGAUCGCUCCCUCCUUUGCGAGAGAUUAUAUCGAGCAGCAUGGGGAAGGACUGGACAACUACACUUUCACUCCCGAGGAAAUCACGACAUUCCAAACCGAUCAUCAACAAUACCAAAAGUUUCGAAAAAAUGUGGAACUCGAAUUACAAUCCGUUCAUGGAGUCACCCUGACAGGUCACCCCCAGCAGCUAGGGGCACUGGAAGCUUUCACUUCCAAUAUGAAGAGGCGGUUGGCGAAGAACCCCGACUUAGUGGACGACCUCAUCCCCUCAUUUGCCCCGGCCUGUAGACGUCUAACACCUGGUCCAGGUUACCUCGAGGCCUUGACGGAUGAGAAAGUAACCCUGAUCAAGUCAGAAAUUAUCAAGGUUGAUGACUCCGGUAUCAUUACCGCCGACGGUCAACACCGCAAGGUUAAUGCUAUCGUUUGUGCAACUGGGUUUGAUACCACCCACACUCCGCGCUUCCCAAUCACAGGGCGAGGAGGCCUGACUCUGGCUGAGCGAUGGGAGAAGAGCCCCGAAACUUAUCUUUCUGUUGCAGUGGAUGGAUUUCCGAAUUAUUUCCUUGCCUUGGGGCCCAAUUCUGGACUGGGUGAUGGGAACUUGCUCAUCCUGAUGGAGCGGCAGAUUGACUAUUUCACCGAAUGCGUGAGAAAGAUUCAACGCGACCACCUCCGUGCGAUGUCGGUCAAAACGGAUGCAGUCCGGCUGUUCGCCCAGUACUGUGACUCAUACUUUGCGGGCACGGUGUUUGCUGGCAAUUGUCGGAGCUGGUACAAGGGUGGUACUAAGGACGGACGGGUGAUUGCACUCUGGCCUGGGUCUUCUCUUCAUGCGAUGAAGAUCUUCGCAACUCCCCGCUGGGAGGAUUUUGACUUUACAUAUGUCAACGACAAUCCGAUGGGCUGGUUGGGUGACGGCUGGACGGAGAAUGAAAAGCUCGAUCAGGUCAAUGUUGACUACCUCGACGAUGAUCAAGUUGAUUUCCCACAGCCCCCGAAGGCGUGUUCGGUCAAUACCAUGUGA